UGGGCCAGACCAAUAGCCAGAGUUUGAGUUAGGUUGAAUUGAAUUUGCUCUAGCUUUACCUCCCAAUCUAUUUUUCCAGUGAUCGGAAUACUAAGAAAUAAAUCGUAGUAAUUCAAAAAAGAGAUCCGUUUUAGUUGUAUCGAGCUCUCGAAUUCUACCUCUUUCGGGCGUUUGAUUCAAACCUUCUUCACAGAAUCUUGAAAAUGGAAGGCGUCGAGCAAUGGAAGAACGAGGCAAAGCAAUGGCUACAGCAGGGAAUUGAGUUUGCUAAUCAGAUACCACCUGCCCAGCUCUAUGCUGCUGCUGCUGUCUUGCUUAUCACUACCCUUUUUCUCUUAAUAAUUCGCUUCUUCAGACGCACUAAAUCUAAUACCAUUGUGCUCACUGGACUUAGUGGGAGUGGGAAAACUGUGCUUUUCUAUCAACUUCGAGAUGGUUCUUCACAUCAGGGCACUGUUACCUCAAUGGAACAAAAUGAGGGCACUUUCAUUCUUCAUUCUGAAAACUCUAAGAAAGGCAAGUUAAAGCCUGUUCAUUUUGUUGAUGUUCCGGGCCAUUCUCGUCUUCGAUCCAAGUUAGACGAGUUCUUGCCUCAAGCUGCUGGCAUAGUUUUUGUUGUUGAUGCUUUGGAAUUUUUACCCAACUUGCGUGGAGUUUCAGAAUAUCUGUAUGAUAUUUUGACCAAGGCAAGUGUCGUCAAAAGGAAAAUUCCAGUUCUCAUCUGUUGCAACAAAACAGACAAAGUGACAGCACAUACCAAAGAGUUCAUCAGAAAACAAUUGGAGAAAGAAAUUGACAAAUUACGGGCAUCGAGAAGUGGAAUAUCAGAAGCUGAUAUUGCAAAUGACUUUACUCUUGGUAUCCCGGGGGAGCCAUUUUCGUUUUCUCAUUGCAGUAACAAAGUUACUGUUGCAGAGUGUUCUGGUUUGACUGGCGAAACAUCUCAGGUGGAACAAUUCAUUAGAGAGCAUGUAAAGCCCUAGGCUUGCGAUCUAUUUGAUACUGUGUAUUGUUAAUGUGUCUGCUUUGGGAGCUGGUUAUUAUUGUCUCCUGGUCAUCAGAAAAACUCAAGUAAGCCUCAAGUAGCAACCUGAAUUUGCCGGAGGAAGCGGAGGAAAGUGAAAUGAAAGAGUUAAAGAUAGAGUUAUGCAUUUUGAUUAGUGGUGUGAUCACUUUAUUUUGAAACAAUGACUCAGACAAAUCUUUAUUUUAUCUUUUUCCAGAGUUCUAUUGAUAAUGACUUUUCUUUUUAA